AUGUUUUCUCCCGUUUGCGCCAGAAGACAGAUGUUGGGGGCUGCACUCGUCAUUAUACUGGCCACCCUGGUUGGCUGCCGUGGCGACGUGGAUGGGGGGGACCUGGAUGCCAUAAUGGAAUACUUUGAAUUCACGUCUACUACGUCCCCCACCGUGAGCGCAGCAGCCGAAAGGGAGAGUUGUCUGACCGUCGAUGGUCUACCCGGCGAGUGCGUCAUGUAUUACCUGUGCAACAGCAACGGCACUGCGAACACUGAUGGUAGCAACGUCAUCGACAUCAGAGCACGCGACGGGCCCUGCACGUCAUACUUGGAUUCCUGCUGUCUGCCACCAGACAUACAAAUCGCACCAAAUGUCACUCCGACUCCUAGUUCUCAGCGUCCGGGGUGCGGUUGGCGGAACCCUAACGGAGUGGGGCUGCUCACCAUCGGUGACGUUGACGGCGAGGCCAAGUUUGCCGAGUUCCCGUGGAUGGUCGCCAUUUUGAGGUCGAAGCCGCUGUUCAACAGUGGGGGCCUGCCUUCGGGGCAGCUAAUGCAGGUGUAUGUUGGUGGUGGCUCCUUAAUCCACCCGAGCGUGGUGCUCACCGCCGCUCACGUAGCUGGUGGUGGCAACCUGGUGGCACGCGCCGGCGAGUGGGACACCCAGACCACUAAAGAGCCCUACCCCCACCAGGACCGCGACGUGGCCAGGGUGGUGGCGCACAAGCAAUACAACAAGAAUAAUCUGUUCCACGACGUAGCCCUCUUAUUCCUGAAGCUGCCAAUGGUGUUAGCCCCCAACGUGGGCUUGGCUUGCCUCCCUCCAGCCGGGCUGAAUCCACUCCCUGGUACCAGGUGCUUAGCCUCCGGUUGGGGCAAGGACCUCUUCGGACAGGCUGGCAGCUAUCAGGUCAUCCUGAAGAAGCUGGAGCUGCCCGUGGUGGACAAGCGAACGUGCGAGGGUCGGCUUCGUGGCACGCGGCUGGGGCGCUACUUCCAGCUGCAUCCCACCUUCAUGUGCGCUGGUGGCGAGAAAGGGAAAGACACCUGCAAUGGAGACGGCGGCUCGCCCCUCGUCUGCCCUAUACCGGAUCAAAGCGAUCGCUACAUGCAGAGCGGCAUGGUCGCCUGGGGAAUCGGGUGCGGCGAGGAACUCACUCCGGGCGUCUACGUGGACGUGGCGAGCCUACGCAGCUGGAUAGACAGCACCGUGGCGGCCGCCGGACUCGACACCUCCGUCUACACGUUU